GAAGUGGAGACAAAUUCUAGUGAGGCCAACUUGGAGUCUUAGAGCCACCUCCAAACCCUGCUUCAGAACAUUCCCCCCUUGCACGCACCGUCAUGGAUCUGAAGGACCGAAGGCAACACUCCCUGAGCCACUCCAAGGACUCUCCUUAUAACACCUCAUCCCUGGAUGCAGAUGAGUGUCGCGUGCCAACCCAGAAGUCUUACAGCUCCAGCGAGACACUCAAGGCAUUCGAGCAGGAGCAGAGGCUGCAUUACAGCGGCUGUGUGACCAACCUUGUUCACCACGAGCCUGAUGAAUACCCAAGACAAGGGGGGAACUUUAACCUGGCUGAACUGGGAGUGUGCGAUCAAACUCCCGCUCCUCAUCCCGCCGCUGUCCCCUACUGUCCUGAACUGGGCCUGCUCCAAAGGGGCUAUUCCCUCAGCGCUGGCUCCGACGCAGACUCUGAUCCAGAUGGCCCCCUGUCCCCAGACAGAGCCAUCCAACUUUGGACUGGAGGAGGAAGGGUGAAGUCCCGUCGCAGCUCCGGAGUGUCCAGCCAUGAGAACUCUGCUCUGACCCUCACCGACUCCGAGAAUGACAACAAGUCUGAAGACGAAUCUGGUAGGGCUCCUUGA